GCGACAGCUCCGUGGUCCUGAAAUCACUCGCAACACACCACCGCUGCUCCUAACCAAAUGCAACACAACACACACGGCGAAAUGCAGGCCAUUAAGAAGGCAAUCUCUUGGAAACUUUUUAUACUUUCUUACUUAUUCGUGGAGGGUUCGUGCCAAGACUUUGGUGGUGGACAGACUCAAUUUAUUUGCACGUCGGUGCCCAAGGAUAUGGACAUAUGUACCGCUACCUUGCAAAACAGUAUGCCUGGAGAGGAUCUGAAGACCACUGUAAUGCAGCUCCGGGAGACCGUCCUACAGCAGAAGGAGACCAUUAUGAACCAAAAAGAGACUAUCAGAGAACUGACUUCCAAGUUAACUCGCUGUGAGGGCCAGAGUGCGCCCGAGCCCGGACCAGGGGGAAGGAGAAAAGAGACGGGGACCAAAAAUACUAUGGGGGAUGUAUCAAGGGGUCCCUCGGACACUUUGGCGCAACUAUCGCAGACUUUACAGUCUCUAAAGCAGAGAUUAGAAAAUCUCGAGCAAUUCAGUCGGAACAACAACUCGGUCCAGGCGAACAGUCUGAAAGACCUGCUACAGAGUAAAAUCGACGAUUUGGAGAAGCAGGUGUUAUCCCGUGUGAACAGUAUAGAAGAUGGCAAGCCUGGGCUGCGGAACGAGACGGAGCAGCGCGGUAGAGUGGAGUCGACUCUCACAUCCCUGCACCAGAGAAUCACCGACCUCGAGAAAGGUCAGAAAGAAAACAGGCCGCUGGAUAAAUUCCAGUUGACAUUCCCGUUGAGGACCAACUACAUGUAUGCCAAAGUGAAGAAGAGUCUCCCUGAGAUGUACGCAUUCACUGUCUGCAUGUGGCUCAAAUCCAAUGCAUCACCUGGGGUGGGUACGCCGUUCUCCUACGCAGUGCCAGGGCAGGCCAACGAGCUGGUGCUGAUUGAGUGGGGAAAUAAUCCUAUGGAGAUACUCAUCAAUGACAAGGUAGCUAAAUUACCAUUCAUUAUCAACGACGGGAAGUGGCAUCACAUCUGUGUCACAUGGACAACUCGAGAUGGAGUAUGGGAAGCUUUCCAAGAUGGAGUCAUGAGGGGCAGUGGAGAAAACCUUGCUCCAUACCAUCCAAUCAAACCACAAGGUGUUCUGAUAUUGGGACAAGAACAGGAUACGCUUGGAGGGGGCUUUGAUGCUACACAAGCUUUUGUUGGAGACCUGGCGAAUUUUCAUAUCUGGGACCGGAAGUUGUCUAUUGGAGAGAUAUACAACCUGGCAACUUGCAGCAGCAAAGCGCAGAUAGGCAACGUGUUUUCGUGGUUGGAGAGCAGCAUUGAUAUUUACGGAGGAGCCUCCAAGUGGACAUUUGAGGCUUGUCGUCAACUGAACUGAACUGCAGGGAAAAGUGAAAAGCCAAUGAGAAAUGCGUGUGUUAAAGCCUCUGUUCAUAAUGCGUCUGAUUUAAUAGAUAAUGAAGCAUUUAUUUCAGUAAAUGACAUCUGGAUUUGUUAUAGAUAUUGAAUACUUUAUGUGUGGACACUUACUAGAUUUCUACCUGUCUAAAAUAAGAAUCUGACCUUCUUGUUCAUCUUGGAUAUUUCAGUUGGAUAGUUUUGGCAUCUGGUUGGAUGCUUCAAAGUGCUUCGUUCAACUAGCCGGUUUGUUAUCUCAAUUGUCUUCAGAGCAAUUGACACAUACAGGCCAGCAUAUCACCACAACGCAGUGCAGACGCAGGCAGCACUCCCCGACAGAGGACCACUUAGAACGUCCACCAUCAGUAGAAUUGGUGACCAUGUAGUUGUCCCCAACGAGGAAAUCAGGGAGGGGACUGGGGAUCUGUCUCCGUCCGUUAGUACAUUAGUGUGUUCGUACAUUAGUCACGAUGCAAGACGCAUCAUUCAAGACGCAUCACGCAAGACGCAUCAUUCAAGUUUUGUCACAACCGGUUGUGACAAAACUUGAAUGAUGCGUCUUGCAUUAGAUAUCUGGCAUUUACAAAAUUACAAUGAUUGGCCAGAUGAUGGCGCUAUAACAAGAAAUGUUAAAUAUUUCAAAUGCAAACUUUGAAAGGUCACGCCCAUUACCCUGAUUGACCUAAAGUGAUGAAAUUUGGUACAUAUGUCCCUCUCCUCAAAAUAAACAAAUUCGCCUCAAGGACCAAUAAGCUUCACCAUUCUGGAUUUCCGUUAUUUAGAAUUGUAUGAAAAACACUUAAAACGCUACUCUUCUGGCACCGAAUGAACGGUCUGCAUGAAACUUGAUAUGUGGCAUCUAUGACAAUAUUUUACCUAAAACAACAUGGCCACUAUUGACCAAUAAAUAUUCACUUGGGCAUGGUCUGGCAAAAAUUUGUCAAGGAUAUUUGUAUUGUAACAAACGCUGUCAAGACUCAACAUAUGACUCAGAGUGAUGAGUCUAGCUAACCCACAAGAUAUCUCAGACACCACUGGCCCGAUUUUUGGUGAAUGAUGCCUCUUGCCAUAGAGAUCCAAUAUUCACAAAAUUACACUGAUUGGCCCAAGGGGGGAUGCUAAAGUAAUCAACUGUAUGUACGUUAGUCACACACGAUAUCUCAGACACCACUGGCCCGAUUUUAACGAAACUUGGGUGAAUGAUGCGUCUUGCCAUAGAAAUCAGUCAUUUGCAAAAUGAUACUGAUUGGCCCAAGGGGGGUGCUGCAUCAUUUGUGGGGGACGACAUGCUUACUGUUGCCUUGUUUUUAUUGGACUGGGGACACACAUUUCAACCAAUCAUGAGAUUUUGUUUAUAUUCCCACUGCCUGGGAUUUUCACUGUGAAUGACGGGUUGACUUGAAAAGGAAUGUAUACUUAAACGGUUAUGAAACAGGCACAGCUUUCUGCUCUAUCGCUAUCGUUUCUCUAUCACCACCUGCUUGACGCAAUUUUGUGUAAAGAAUGACAUAUUAUUUGCCAACAUACAAGCCUGGGUGCCUUGGGAUGUUGAAAUAACUCAGCACAUUCAUUAUGAUUUGCAAAGUAUUUUGUGUCGUAUUUAUUUUCCUGUAGGCCUACAACGAGAUUUAUUUCCAAAAGAGAUGUCUAUUAUCAUAACACAUUACGUUGGAUAAUAAGAUGAUCAUUGUACUUAAAAGCAAUUCAUUGAGGUGUUUGUACUUUAAUGGGAAUGUUAUCUGUACAGUAACAGCAUGACUUAACUAAUUGCUGCAGCAGCAUCAACAAAAUCUGCUUUUACUAUCCUCCUUUUGGGUUGAGAUUUUAUACUGUAUUGUUAUAUGCUCAAAGCAUGGCAACACUGAAAUAUGAAAAAGUUCUAAUUUUUUAAAUAAAAUUGUGAUACCUGAAUCUA